AUGACUAAGCACAUCGUCGCUGCUCUUCAAGUCGGUUCUUGUCCCGGCUCUACUAAGGAUACCUUAAGAAAAAUACUAUCAUAUGAGAAGGAAAUCAAGGAGUCUGGUGCUAAGUUGGUUGUCAUUCCAGAAGCCACUCUUGGUGGUUAUCCUAAGGGGUCGAACUUCGGAGUUUAUCUAGGAUAUCGUCUGCAAGAAGGAAGAGAAGAGUAUGCCAAAUAUCUUGAUGAAGCAAUUGAAAUCGGGACUGGAGAUAAAUAUCCCGAGAUUAGUCAACUGUGUGCACUAUCGAAGGCCACCGACGCAUCCUUAUGCGUUGGGUGUAUUGAACGCGAUGGAACAACACUGUAUUGUACUAUGGUUUAUAUCGAUCCUCGAGUUGGUUACGUUGGAAAACAUCGUAAGCUGAUGCCAACAGCUGGCGAAAGGUUGAUUUGGGGUCAGGGUGAUGGUUCGACAUUACCUGUUGUCGACACCGCAGUUGGGAAGAUUGGCGGUGCUAUUUGCUGGGAGAAUAUGAUGCCUCUGUUAAGAUACGCCAUGUAUAAAAAAGGUGUUGAAAUCUGGUGUGCACCAACGGUGGAUGCUAGACCUAUUUGGAGAACUGUGAUGAAGAACCUUGCAUAUGAAGGUCGUCUGUUCUUGAUUAGCGCGGUACAGUUUAUGCCAGAUGCUACCACAAUGGGUUUUGGGGAAAUAGUCGACCAAGCUACCGGUAAGAGAAAAUUACCUGGAUGGCCAUCAGCAGAUGAUAACUGUAUCAAUGGCGGUAGUGUUAUUAUCGAUCCUUACGGAGAAAUUCUUGCAGGGCCAUUGUUGGGUAAGGAAGGUCUUUUGACCGCCGAAAUUAACACAGACUUGAUUGCCGAAGCCCGCUUCGAUCUAGAUCCAGUCGGUCAUUAUGCUAGGGGAGAUAUCUUCCAAUUGACUGUUGAUGAAAGGUCUCAGGAUGUUAAAUUUACGAAAUGA